GUCGAAAUCGAGCUUGGAUUUCCAAUUGACUGCGGAGUUCCUGCUGUUCAGCGAGAAUACAAAGGGAAAUCUGUGAGAAUGAAGACGCGCGCAGCACCCCACAGCUGGCCCUGGCAUGUGGGAUUAUGGUCAGAGCGGAUUGGUUACUACCCCUACUGUGGAGGAACUCUAAUCAGUCCCUCCCUCAUUCUGACUGCAGCGCAUUGCAUCGCCACAGUCUUCGAGGCCUCUGUUGGAAAUUUUAUUGACAUGGAAGCUGCGUCGGGUGGUCAACUUCAUGUGCUUGUUGGUGCUCAUGACUACACAAAGGCUGAUGCGUCGCAGCAGUUACGUCUCGUGCGGUAUGCGCUUCUUUACCCCAAACAAAACUACAGUAUCAUCGGAGAGGGUUAUGAUAUCGCCGUAUUAAAGCUCCACGAGCCUAUUACUACAGACUCGAACGUGCGGCCAAUUUGCUUUUCGACUGAGCAGGUUGCGCUGCAACCGGGAUCCAUUUGUUACUAUGCCGGCUGGGGAGGUGUGUAUACAAACCAGCCUACUGGAAUUCUGGAAUUUCCGAAUGCGCUCAGAGAGGCUGAAGUCCAGCUGGAUUCCGAUGAUCACUGUAAAGAUGUCUACGGCGCUAAAUUUGCAAAGAGUAAUUCAUGCAUAAGAACGGAAGGCAAUAUACCAGGCGAAGGAGACAGUGGUGGCGGUCUAUUCUGCCUUUCGGAAGAUGACGGCCGAUGGUUCUGGUAUGGAUUAAUAGAGGGCGCUGCAAGAAAUCCCAGGGAAGAAUGUGCAGUUAUCAGCAAAUUCGAAGCCGUUCACACAUGGAUCCAAGCAACUGCGUUAUACCUGGGCCUGUGA